AUGUCUUCAAAGCGAAGUUCGAAAACUUCCAAGAAUGAAGAGCCUUCAGUAAGUUUGAAAGCACAAACUGGAAAAACUUGGGGUCGUGAUAAAGAUAUAUCAUAUAAUACUGUUUUAUUGUCUACUCUUAUUCUCACUUGUUGUCCACUCUUGGUGGUUUAUUUUUGGGUGGUUUGCACUCAUUAUCAAUGUUCUAUAAUUGAGCCGAUUAUUCUUCUCCAAUCAAAUGAUUUUUCUAAGGAAGCUUUUGAAUCUGUUAUUUUACAUAAGCUUCCUCAAUUUUCAUUAGAUGGCAUAAAAAUUUACUUCGCUUGGUUAAGUUUUCAAGCAAUACUUUAUGCUAUCUUGCCGGCAAAAAUUGGUUAUGGUCAAAGAACUCCAGCUGGACACAUUUUACCUUAUAAGGUAAAUGGACUUUUAGCUUGGUUAAUUACUCAUACUCUUUAUUUGGUUGGUGCAUUUUACUUCAAAUGGUGGGAUGCUUCCAUCGUCCAUGAUCAAUGGGGUUCUCUUUUCAUAGCUGCCAAUAUAUAUGGUUAUUUUCUUACCUUCUUCUCAUUCAUCAAAGCAUACGUGAUGCCUUCGCAUGCAGAAGAUCGAAAAUUUUCUGGCAGCUUUAUUUACGAUUUGUUGAUGGGUAUUGAAAUGAACCCAAGGUUUGGAAAAUAUUGGGACUUUAAAUUAUUUCAUAAUGGUAGACCGGGCAUUAUAGCAUGGACAUUAAUUAAUAUGUCUUUUGCUGCCGCCCAAUAUAACAAAAUUGGUUAUGUAACAAAUUCAAUGAUCCUAUUGAAUUUCUUGCAUGCCGUCUAUGUUUUGGAUUUCUUUUAUAAUGAGGAUUGGUACCUUAGAACUAUUGAUAUCGCUCAUGAUCAUUUUGGAUUUUAUCUGGCAUGGGGCGACACCGUUUGGCUUCCGUGGAUGUACACACUUCAAUCGCAUUAUUUAGUUCGAAAUCCAAUUGAUCUUUCAAUUCCUUACUUUUUAUUUGUUCUUGGAGUUGGACUUUCCGGUUAUUAUAUCUUCCGAGCUGUAAACCAUCAAAAAGAUAUUGUUAGAAGAACAAAUGGUGAUUGUAUGGUUUGGGGUAAACCUGCUAAAUUUAUUAGAACAAAAUUUGUUACCAGUGAUGGAAAAACUCAUUCAAGUAUUUUAAUUACAAGUGGUUUUUGGGGAAUAUCUAGACAUUUUAAUUAUGUUGGCGAUUUGCUUAUAUCAUUGGCAAUGUGUCUUACUUGUGGAUUUCAUCAUUUACUGCCUUAUUUUUAUAUUGUUUACAUGACGAUUUUGUUAAUUCAUCGUAUUUGGAGAGAUGAUGCUAGAUGUAGAGGUAAAUAUGGAAAAUAUUGGGAUGAAUAUGGAAAGGUUGUAAAAUGGAAAUUAUUCCCUUAUAUUUAUUAA